AUGACUCUCAGCAGCAAGUUGAAGCCCGCUGCGCGCGUUUCCGGAAGGCGACAGGAUGUUUGGUCCAUUGUCAACGAGGCUGCCGCCGCCUCGCCGAACCAGCCUAUUGUGAACAUGGGGCAGGGUUUCUUUGGCUACAACCCUCCAGACUUUAUCCUUAAUGCUGCUAAGCAGGCACUCGACCGCGUCGAGUGCAAUCAGUACAGCCCAACAAAGGGCCGUCCCCGUCUGAAGAAGGCCAUCGCCGACGCCUACUCCCCUUUCUGGGGCCGGCAAAUUGAUCCGGAAACCGAGGUCACGAUUACGACUGGCGCCAACGAAGGCAUGCUCAGCGCAUUCAUGGCCUUCAUUGAACCGGGCGACGAAGUCAUCAUUUUCGAGCCCUUUUUUGACCAGUAUAUCAGCAACAUCGAAAUGCCUGGUGGCAAGAUCACAUAUGUGCCCCUUCAGCCACCCAAGGACGGUGCCGAGAAGACGUCCUCUGCUGCUGAGUGGUCCAUCGAUUUUGAAGAGCUUGAGAGGGCCAUCACCCCGAAGACUAAGAUGAUCGUGCUCAACACCCCUCACAACCCUGUCGGUAAAGUCUUCUCUAAGGAUGAAUUGCAGAGAAUCGGCGACCUUUGCGUCAAGCACGAGAUUAUCAUCCUGUCUGACGAGGUUUACGACCGGCUCUACUACGUGCCCUUCACGCGCAUCGCCACCCUGUCGCCUGAGAUCGAACGACUUACCAUUACUGUGGGAUCGGCUGGCAAGAACUUCUACGCCACAGGAUGGCGCGUGGGCUGGCUGAUGGGGCCUGCCGAGCUUAUCCAGCACGUCUCAGCCGCGCACACCCGUAUCUGUUACUCCUCGGUGUCGCCUUUGCAAGAGGCCUGCGCUGUCGGCUUUGAGCAGGCUGAUAAGCAUGGAUUCUGGGACGAGUCCGUUGUUGAGAUGAAGGGCAAGAUUGACCGCUUCAAUGAGAUCUGGAAAGAGCUCGAUCUGCCUUACUCGGAGCCCGAGGGUGGCUACUUCGUCCUCGUCAAUAUGAAGAAGGUCAAGCUGCCAAAGGACUACCCAUACCCACCACAUGUUGCCAGUCGUCCACGCGACUUCAAGCUUACCUGGUUCCUCAUUCAAGAGGUCGGCGUUGCUGCCGUACCUCCAACCGAGUUCUACACGGACAAGAAUACCUGGAUUGCUGAGGACUACAUCCGGUUUGCUGUUUGCAAGCCUGAUGAGGUCCUCGAGAACGCCAAAGAGCGCCUGCGUGGGUUGAAGAAGUAUAUCGAAGCAUGA